AUGGAAAUGGUGCCAGUGGUGACUCAGGUCCAUGGCAAUACUGAGGUCAUUGAUGUUGACGAUUCUGAAACAGUUGAGAAGAAGCUGCUAGCAUCAAGGUCUGAGUACUGGCAACAUUUUAUCAAGAUCAAGGAUGACAAAGGGCAAGUGAGGGCGGGAAAGUGCAAAUAUUGCAGCCGUGAAAUCAAGGCUGGAACAAGGGAACAUGGAACAUCUGCAUUGAAGAAACAUUUCUUAGUAUGCAAGCGCAAUCCUCAUGUACACGACAAGGACCCGAAGCAAGGUGUGUUGCAAGCAGUUCAUGGGGAAGCUCCUGCCACUUGGAGGUUUGAUCAAGGUGCACUUAGAGAGGCCUUUGCUCAGAUGGUAAUAGAAGAUGAACAGCCCUUUUGUUUUGGUGAGAAGCCCGGCUUAACAAAAUUUCUAGCCAAAGCAUGUCCUCGUUUUGAACUUCCAUCUAGAAGAACUUGCACAAGGGACAUUGUUCGUAUUUAUUUUGAAGAGAAAGCCAAGCUGAAGAAGUUCUUCAAAGAUUCUUGUCAGAGAGUGUGCUUGACAACAGAUUGUUGGACUUCUCAGGUUCAAGAUCCAUAUAUGACUGUUACAGCAAGUUUCAUUGAUGCAAAUUGGAAGUUGCAUAAGAAAGUGAUAGGUUUUUUCAAGAUAAAGGGUCACAAGGGGGAGGAUAUUGGUAAGAACUUGAUAAAAUGUUUAGAUGACUGGGGUUUGCAUAGAGUAAUGACUGUAACAGUGGAUAAUGCAAGUGCCAAUGACAGUGGUGUUGAGUACUUGAGGAAGCACCUGCAGAAAUACAACAUUGCCAAGGGCAAGUUUAUGCAUUUCAGGUGUUCAGCACACAUCACUAAUCUUGUUGUAACAGAUGGCUUGAAAGAAGUGGACCCAUCUAUUAAGCGAGUUAGGGCUGCUGUUAGAUAUAUAAAAAAUGGGACUUCAAGAUUGGUCAAGUUUAAAGAAAUUGCUGAGGAAGAGAAAGUGGUCAGCAAAGGUUUUUUGAAACUUGAUGUUCCAACAAGGUGGAAUUCCACAUACUUGAUGUUGAAGGCUGCAUGUGUGUAUGAGAAAGUGUUCCUAAGGUUAGUUGAUGAGGACAGUACUUAUGUUGUUGAUCUCUCUGAAGCAAAAGAUGGGCCUGGACAUCCUGAUGAAGAUGAUUGGGAGAAUGCAAAGAAAAUGGCACAAUUUUUGAAGCAUUUCCAUGACCUCACAGAUCGUAUCUCUUCUACUCUACAUGUCACUAGUAAUACUUUCUUUAAUGAGAUUGGAGAAGUUAGCCUAUUGAUUCAAGCAUGGUUGAACAGUGAAGAUGAUUUGCAAGUAACAAUGGGGAAGAGAAUGAAAGACAAAUUUGACAAAUAUUGGGGACUUUGGCACACCAACAGCAAGGACAAUGAGAAAGGACAACAACAAGAGCAAGAUAGGGAAAAAGGGCGGAGCAAGGGUAGAGGGAAGGAAAAGGAGAAGGAGAAGGAGAACAUCAACUUAUUAAUAUUUGUGGCUGCAGUCCUUGAUCCAAGGUACAAGUUAUCUAUGUACACAAAGCUUACUGUUGAGGAGAUAUUUGGUAGUGAAACAGGUCAGUUGGUUUGGGCAGCAAUUAAUACUUGUGUGAGAGAGUUGUUUGAAGAAUAUAAGGACAUGUAUUGUCCUAGUGAACAAACAGCUCAAUCAGUUGAUGAUGAUCAGCCCAAGGAAGGAACAGGAGGGAUGCUUAAAGAAAAAAUUGCCAAAAGGAUGAAACUAAGCAACUGCUCCACUAGCACUAAUAAAUCUGAGCUUGAGAAAUAUCUUGCAGAAGAAGUAGAGGACCCAGAAAAGGAAAUCGACAUUCUAGCUUGGUGGAAAGUCAAUUCAAAUAGGUUUCCUGUUUUGGGUCACAUAGCUCGUGAUGUGCUUGCUAUACCUAUUACUAGUGUAGCGUCGGAGUCCGCUUUUAGCACAGUUGGAAGGAUUAUGGAUGACUUCCGUACCUCUCUUACUCCAUUCAUGUUGGAGGCUUUAGUAUGCACUCAAGAUUGGCUUCGUAGGCCUACUGUUGAAAUAACGGAAAGCACGGAGGAAUUAGAAAUAAUAGAAAAAGAAUGGAUAGAAGAAUUUGGUGGCAAAGAAAAAAAGAAUGAGCAGCAUGAUGUGACUGUCGACACCACCAACUCCAAGUCACAUACACCAAGCACAGUUCAAAUAUAG